CGGAAAACACCACUAGCAAACCGGACACCAUGGCUGGAACAGAGGACAGGAACAGCGAGUCUAAAUGUCCCGUGGACCAUUCAACAUUCAAACAUUUUCUACCCAGAGAUGCUACUCCCCAGUCUACACUCCCAGAGGGUCACCCAGCAGUGUCUACGACAAGUCCGAACGGCGAGCCUGCAAAGUGUCCUGUCUCACCAGAAGCCCAUAAACAUUUUAUGCCUCGAUCUGCACAGUCCUCUUCAGGAUCGUCACCAAUAUCAUCGGCAUCAAACUCAAUACCCAAAGACACUGCAACGACAACGCCUAUGCUUAUGAUCGAUCCAAAGAACAAUAUGCCUUCAAAACCAGAUCAGUUUCGAGCAGCAUCUCAACGUGUAGAUCUCAACACUGAACGUGAAUACAGCUCUAUCCCUAAAGCCGCUACCUCUCCAGACCCCUAUGGCGAUAAUAAGAACAAAGACGCUGGAGCACAUAGUGCAGAUCCCGAUAAUGACAAAGAAAACGUGUGGAUCUAUCCUUCGGAACAAAUGUUUUUCAAUGCGAUGAAGCGCAAAAACUGGAGUCCACGUGAAGAAGAUAUGAAGUUUGUAGUCCCAAUCCACAACAUGGUCAAUGAGAUGGCUUGGAAACAUAUCUUACGCUGGGAGAAACUCAUGGAAAACAAAUGUGGUGGUCCCAAGUUGGUCAAGUUUGAAGGCAAACCAAAGGAGAUCACCCCAAAAGCACGAAUUCGUUCAUGGAUGGGAUAUACACUUCCUUUUGAUCGACAUGAUUGGGUUGUCGAUCGCUGUGGUAAACAAGUCACCUACAUUAUCGACUUUUACUCUGGCCAGCCCGAUCCCCGCUACCCUGAAGCGCCUAGUUUUUACCUUGAUGUCCGUCCAAAACUGACGCUGGAUGGAGCAUGGCAACGAUUCAAAAAGUUUAUGUUUGAUUGAAUAGAAAAAGAGAAAAAAGUAAAUAGUAAUAAUAAAAAU